GCCGCCGCCUUCCUGGCGCAGCCUGGGCGGGGGGUCGGCGGCGCCGGGCCCCACCGUGAGCGCGCGGCGAUGCCGGCCGCUGCGCGCCACCUGGCGCGCCACCGCUGCGGCGGGCCGCAUGCAGAGCAGCAGCAGCCUGCGGUCGCCAGCGGCCUCGUGGCGGGCGCAGCGCUGAUCGCGGCGCUGUCCCUGCUGACGGGGGCCGCCGGUCGCUCCCGCGGGGCCACGUCGACGUGCGCCAUCUGCGAGAUCAAGCGCCCGGCCGGCCCCGGCAUGAAGCGCGACAUCGGCCUGUGGGAGUUCCCCGGGUACCAGGAGAACACCUCAAUCUGA